AUUUAUUUGAUAAAAGCAUAUGCCAUGUAAACCAUAUUUUGUAUGGUUAUGUGAAGCGUGUGGAUCAUUUUCAAAGUCUUGGGAUUAAUGCGAAUCUAUAUUGCUUGAGAUAAUCGACAUUGCUCAAGCUAUAUCAACUAGUCAAAUUUCGGCAAGUUAAUUGUUUAAAGAUUUUGAUAUAAACUAGAAUAUUUCUGGGCAGAAAACUGUAUUUCACAAUUUGAUUUAUUACUCUUGGUAUAGGGCAUGGUAUUGUUGGCUCUAAAUGAAUAAAAAAAGGGGUUAUUAAUUUUAAAGAAUUGCUCACUAUUAUACUGUAUCGUUUUCUUCAUUUGUUUUAUAGUAUUAUGUUGUUUGUUUUUGUCAGAAAAGAAGGCUAUAUCUCGACGUUUAAGAGAUGUUCCCUGACCACGCACAAGAAGGACACGUUACCAUCCCUCAAGAUGAGGACGGUCCUCUGGAAACAAACUAUGUUGUCUUCUCCUUCACCUUGCUCCUCGUUUUUCUCAUUGUCAUUGGCAACAGCAUCACCAUCCUCGUCUUCUCGAGCACGCCUAAACUCUGCAACCAAACUGGUUUUUGUUUGAUCAACCUGGCCAUCGCAGAUCUUCUCACUGGCCUCAUCUAUCUACCCUUCAGCCUACCAUGCUCCCUCAACGGCGAUUGUCUGAUAAGGACUAACCGAGCUCUCUGUCUCAGUGUCGUAACGGUGUCGUAUACGUGCUACUGCGUGUCAGUCUAUACCCUCGUCAUUGUUAUGAUUGACCGUUAUCUUCAAAUUGACCGACCAUUCCACUACAACGAUAUCUUCAGCAAGCCUAGAACUAUAGCAACUCUGGUAUCGCUAUGGCUCAUCAUAUUUGCCUUUUCUGCCGGUUUUAUUCUCUCGCGACCUCAAAUCAUCGUCUUUGAUGAAAAUAUCUACCACUGCACCCUUGAAGCUGGCAAUAAGUUAUCCUGGCCGUAUACGUAUUGCGUAAAUAUAUUCUGUUUUUUUCUACCUGGGCUUGGGAUCUGUGGCUGCAGUUUCAAGAUUGCGAUCAUAGCGCAUCGAGCGCGCUCGCGCAUCGCUGAUCAAGAGGCAGCCGUGGCGUCAUCAGAAAACUGUCGUACAGAAAGGAAUCGAGCCGUCAGAAAUGUUCGAAAAUCAGACGUACGCGUUGCCCUGCGGAUCUUUGUAGUCGUCGCAGCUUUCAUCAUAUGUUGCAUGCCAUUUAACAUUGAGUUGAUAUACGCACGUCACACCAUGCACAUGUUCCCGGACAAAGCUGCCGUAACGACGGUUCUCAUGGUUGAGAUCAACAGCGCAUUGAAUCCCAUCAUUUACGUCACGACGUAUUCCAAAUUUCGACGUGUCUUUAAAGCCAAGUACUUGAAGUUCUGCAGGAGUUCGAAUCAUGGAGACUCUGUAAUCUGGACGGUGACGAGUCAACAUCGAGAUCAGUACACGCCAUCAAGACGUCGAACGAUUGCGAUGACGAUGACUGUCUCGCCUCCGAACCACAGGAUGUCUAACGUCAUGUUGAUAAAGAAUGUAGAAGAAAGGAUUGAUGAAUGCGUGGCUCAGCUCGAUGUGUGA